UUUUCCGCUAGGGAAAAAGACAAAUAAUGUAACGUGAGGGUAGUGCCCCGGUGCUACAAGCAGGACAGAAGCCUGGGCCGAGGGAGGGAGCCCCUGCCCGCUCGCCCGGUGCCCGCCGCGGGCCGGAGAGGCGGUGCCCGCCCGGGGCACGGUGCCCGCCGAAGCGAUCCCCGCCGCUCGCCGCCCCCUCGCGCCGCCGAGGCGCUGGCUCGUCGGCGGAGCAGCACGACCGAGGGGGAGGCAGAAGUUAACUUCCACCUGCCCUGAAGCCGCCGCUGCGCCGGCAGGAGGAGGCGGAGGCGGAGGCGGAGGCAGGCGGGGCAGCCGAGGACCCGGCUCUGGCAGGCUCCGAGGGUCCGGCCGGGUGUAAUUCCCCCCUAAUCCCCGUCACGGCGGCGCCUGCCUGGCCGAGCCAUGUCUGCGGCUUCCCCGCCAUGCCGAGCGUAGCGGGGAGCGGGAGGACUGGCGGCCGGGAGGCGCACAAAAUGAAGACCCUGAUGCGCCACGGGCUGGCCGUCUGCUUGGCGCUCACCACCAUGUGCACCAGCUUGUUGCUCAUGUACGGCGGCAUCGGCGGCGGCGGGGGCCACCCGGAGCCGCGGCGGCGGCAGCAGCAGGUGGCGGCGGUGCCCAGCCGCCCGCCGGGACGCGGCCAGCACCGCCCGGCGCUCCCCGUCGGGGCCGGCCUCCUGGAGGGCUACAUCAGCGUCCUGGAGCACAAGCCUUUAAAAAUGCACUGCAAGAGUUGUGCAUUGGUAACCAGCUCUGGACACCUUCUGGGAAGUAAACAAGGUGACAGAAUCGACGAGACGGAAUGCGUAAUACGAAUGAAUGAUGCACCUACUCGAGGUUAUGGAAAAGAUGUUGGAAACAAAACGAGCCUUCGAGUCAUUGCACACUCCAGUAUUCAGAGGAUUUUGCGAAAUCGUAAUGAACUCUUAAAUAUGAGCCACGGUGCUGUGUUUAUUUUCUGGGGUCCUAGCAGCUACAUGAGGAGAGAUGGUAAAGGCUUGGUGUAUAACAACCUGCAGCUGAUGAAUCAGAUACUGCCUCAAUUAAAAGCAUAUAUGAUUUCUCGCCACAAGAUGCUUCAAUUUGAUGACCUUUUUAAACGGGAAACUGGGAAAGACAGGAAGAUAUCCAACACUUGGCUUAGCACGGGCUGGUUCACAAUGACUAUCGCAUUAGAGCUCUGUGACAGGAUAAAUGUUUAUGGCAUGGUGCCACCGGAUUUCUGCAGGGAUCCUAAUCAUCUUUCCGUACCUUAUCAUUAUUAUGAACCUUUGGGACCCGAUGAAUGCACAAUGUACAUUUCACACGAGCGGGGACGAAAGGGCAGUCAUCAUCGUUUCAUCACAGAGAAACGAGUGUUUGAGAACUGGGCACGGACAUUCAAUAUUCACUUUUUCCAACCAGACUGGAAACCAGAACCACUCACUGUAAGUCACCCUGAGAUUAAACCGGUUGUCUGAGGGAUGAAGGCUCAAGACCGCAGUCACAGUCACCCUCUGUGUCAGCCUUCAGGGCGUUGGACCUUCUGGCAAGGCAACCUAGAGGAGAAGGGUAACAGGACCUGCAGCUGGUAACUGCAACAACAGUUGGGAAGUUACAAUGACGGAGCAGAGUGUAUCAAGAGUGCUUUCUGUCAAGCUGUGUGUUAAUCCAGUAUAUAGCCUUUUUUGGCGAUCUGACUUCCUGUAUAUGUAUGUGAUUUGUGAAAAACAACUUGAGUAUCAUUAACGGGACGGUUAAUUCAUUAUGGUUUUUUAAAGUACAAUGCCAAUGAAUUUUCAUAGUGAAAACUUACGGUAUUUAUUUAAUGGAGGUUUUUAUGCAACCUAGGCCAGUAUUUUUCUAAUUCACAGUUAUGUGGUUGUUUAUCUUUCAUAAUCUUUCAAAUCCAAAAUUAAUAUUGCUGAUGGUUUGAAAGGCCUAGCUUUUUAUUUAUACAAUUUGUUUGAAAAAUAUGAUUCUAUGUAGCAUGUAAUUAAUAUUUGAUCUGGAAAUGUUGCAUUUCUUUUAAAAAUUUUGGGCUCUGUUCCAGCCUAAAGCCUUUAAACAGCAAGAACAGUCCCAUGUGCAGAUCUAGCUAACUUUACAUUCUGACAUCUCAUGUUAAUAUGAAAAUGGUAGUGAAAAUUCUGUUUGAUAUUAAUGUGCGUUUGCUGCUGUGCUAUCAAGCUGCUGGUUUUUAAUUAGGGGUGGGAGGAAGGAGGGCAAAGUUUAUCCAAAAAAAUCACUGGCUAUAGCAGCGUGGCUUUUCGAUGAAGAGACCAGGCUAAGGCUGGAGGGGUUGUGUUCUGUUUCACCUCUUGUAGUCCUGCAAGAGGCUGAGGGAAUGACUCUCCUGAGGCCACAGACUACACACCAGGCAACAAUGGCUUGAAACAUCAUGACCAAAUUUCUGAAAUCAAGAAGUUACACUACCAGGUACUGCAACACCAGCCAUACUAGCCAAAAAAACCGAUUACAACACUACACCUGCUAAAAUCUCUGCCUUCCACUGUUCCAAGAUCGUCGCUGGUCUCAGAGCUCCUGGGUCGCACUGAAGUUGGGAUGUGAACAGAGUUCCACGAGUACAAAAUUGUCCCCUUGAAAAAAGCAAAGUUACACUUGGCAGUUUUUCAUGAAGUACGCGUGCAUGGCAAGUCCCUGCAAAUCAAGGGGACGGACAAUGCUAGUGCUGUAUAUGGAACCUCAUAGUGUGAAUUACCGGGUUACAUUUGGCUUGUGAAUAAAGAAGAUUUCAGUUACA